UGAUGUCAUUUCCUUCACUCAAUGUCUUUGGCGCCGCGAAUAUUUGUUUGGAAAGUGUCGUUGCCUCAGAACCCGCAUACGAUACUUAUUUAAUCGCGCUGUAGUUUUAAUAGAAAGGACAGUUAUAUUAACCGUUAGUGUUUUCCUUUUUGCCUCUCCUGGGCACAUCUUUUAAUGUGAAAUACAGUUGAUGUUGAACUAAUCAUCAUUACUUUAAUGCAAAUGAACGCACCUCUCUAACCUUAAUCGGAAUGAAAAUGGAUCGGAUUAAAUUGAAGAACGCAAAGGUGACAACGGGGGGCCAGAGGGACCUCUUGUCCUUCUUCUCCACGGGCAAACAGAAGGUCUCAAAGUCUACCGUCAAACAGUCGUCCACGAAGACCGAAGCCCGGAGCAGACCCAGUCUACCCCUCCCCGUCCUCUCCCCCAUCAAGAGGAGCGUCCUGGCAGUUGUGGAAAACAUUCUACCCCUCUCUCCAGAUCUCCUUCUGGCCAUCCCCGAGACCCCCGACAGCCAAAUCAGGCCCUCCUCAGCCAGAGUCCCUGGCCCGAGCCCCAACCCCAGCGCCGAGGCAUCCAGUCUGGGGGGGUCCCCUCUUUGUCGAAGCCCCAGCUCCAGACGAGUGGACAUGCGGCGGAAAAUGAGACUGGACGGAGAGCGGGAGAACCUGUCCGAGGAGGCGGUGGGAUCGGGGAAGCGGCUCUUCAGUCCAGAAGACUCCCACGCCGCCAAGAGGCCCAGAACUGGCGACGUACCAGCGAUCCACCGCUCGGCCGGAAGCAAAGCCUGCAUCCCCGUUGAAACCCUACCUGCCAAGCAAUGCCUUACCGAAGGCCGCUUUGAGACGGAGGGGCCGGAAAGGAUUCAAAGUUCAGAGCUCUCCUCUCGCAGAUCUAACCAGGUGACCCUGAUCGGUGUUCAGCAGAACACCGUGGCCUCGCCAACGCCCCUCUCUGAGAUGGGCGGUCUUCCCCGAGAGGAGUCUGUGUUUACGCUCAUCAUGGAUCAGAGGGACACCACCCCGGCGGAGGUCGGCGCGCUGGCGCCCUCACCGCAGCGGACCAUGCGCGCUCCCAGCACGGCAGGUGGUGCAGACGGAGCUAACCCGUCCAGCCUCGCCGUGACGGCGCAUAUCGACGACCUCGGCAAGGGAGCCACGGGAGCCACCGAUCCAGCCGGGACCUCGUCCGAUGGAGACGGCCGUGUCGUGACCUCGUCGGACCUGGCACCCUUGGAGUUUCCUCUUGAUGAGAAAUGGUUUGAAGAUGAGAUGGAGCAGAUCUCUGACCUCUUGGAGCAGAAGAAAGCUAAAGCGAGCCGAGUGCCCGACCACGUGGUCCUGUCCGGGGGCAUCAACAACCGUUACUGGGUGCUGGAGGUGGAGGAGCGGCCCGGUCAGAAGACUCUGACCAUCACCUGCUCUAAAACCCUCCAGCCUACAGAGACCUGUCUGCUGAAGGACGGAUGGGAGACGAGCCCGGUGUCUCGGGGCAGCGUGGUGCACCUGGAGGGCCAGUGUGUGUCGGGCUGCUGGCGGGUGGAGCGCGAGCAGGGCUUCCUGGUUGUGCUUCCUGACGUGCUCAUCUCCGGGACCAGCAUCUCCAACUCGAUCCGCUGCAUGAGACGCGCGGUGCUCAGCGACAUGUUCAAGAGUUUUGACGGCGGUUCGAAGCAGAUGCUGAACGGCACCAUAGUCCACGAGGUGUUCCAGAAGGCUGCCAUGGCCAAAGACUUCUCCAUGGACAAGCUGUCCUCCCUGGCGGACCAGGCCCUCCACAGCCCACAGCACCUGGGGGACAUGUACACUUUGGGAGUGACCCAGGAAGAGAUGAAACAGGAGCUGCAGGACUACCUCCCCUCCCUCCGAAGCUGGGCCAACGACUACCUCCAUCCCUCCACUCCGAGGCCCAUCCCCCUUAAACUAGCGAGCGACCGCUUGGGGGCUCCGAUCGGCGGGAGGCAGCCCCCCCCGCCCGUCUACACGGUGGCCGAGCUGGCGGACAUCGAGGAGAACAUGUGGUCGCCGCGCUUCGGCCUGAAGGGGAAGAUCGACGUGACGACGCGCGUCCGCGUCCAGCGGACGGGCCGCGACGGCCGGCGACGCGCCCAGGAGAGGGUCAUGCCCCUGGAGCUGAAGACGGGCAAGGAGACCAACUCCAUAGAGCACCGCAGCCAGGUCAUCCUCUACACCCUCAUGGUCCUGGAAAGGCAUGUGGACUCUGAAGCCGGCCUGCUGCUGUACCUGAAGACUGGAAACCUGCACCCCGUGGUGGCUGGCCACAUGGACCGCAGAGAGCUCCUGAAGCUGCGGAACACGCUAGCCCAUCAGCUUAGCAACGUGGUGGAGACGGGGGCCGGGCGGAGCCGCCUGUCCCAGCUGCCGGAGGUCCUGGCCAACAGACAGGUGUGCCAGUACUGUCCGCAGAAGAGGAACUGUGCCCUGUACGAGCGGGUGGUGGAGGGCCCACCUUCGGACGUCCCCCAGGACGCGGUGACAGACUUCCUGCUCGAGGAGACGGGUCACCUGACUGGGCCGCACCUCAGCUACUUCUCCCAUUGGCUGCUGCUCUGCUGCCUGGAGAGCGUCACCAUGGAGCAGAAGAGCAGCCGCAGGAAUGUGUGGCUGCAGUCUGCCGACGAGAGGGAGAAGAGCGGAGGGGCCGUGGGAAAUCUUGAAAUCGUCGGCCCGGUGACCAUCCAAUCAGAAGGAGUGUUCUUGCAUCGCUUCCAGCGACGCACUCCGACCGCGCGGCAGGAGCUAGGCGGUGGUUUGGCGGACGGAGACCGCGUCGUCGUCAGCGACCAGGAGGGUCGUCUGGUCGGCCUGGCAACCGGCUACAUGUGUAACGUCACCAAGACAUCGGUUGGCUGCACUCUGGAUAGGGACCUGUCCAAGUUCAGCGAGGCGUCGUUCAGGUUGGACCACGACGAAGGGGUCUUCGGCCUCAGCACCCAUCUCACCAACCUCUCCAGGCUCAUGGAGAACAGUCCAGACAGUGAGCGUCUAAGGGAGCUGGUGGUGGACCUCCGUCCUCCUCAGUUCAUCGACAACCUCAGCUCCGUUCUGCCCAGAGAGGCUAAGGACGCAGUGGCUGAAAUUCUCAAAGGUCUGAACAAGCCCCAGAGGCAGGCCAUGAAGAAAGUGUUGUUGUCCCAGGACUACACGCUGAUCGUUGGGAUGCCCGGCACGGGCAAGACCACCACCAUAUGCACCCUGGUGCGUAUCCUGCAUGCGUGUGGGUUCAGCGUGCUGUUGACCAGCUACACCCACUCAGCCGUCGACAACAUCCUGUUGAAGCUCAAGCGCUUCCGGGUCGGGUUCCUCCGCCUGGGGAGGGGGGAGAAGGUUCAUCCAGAGAUCUUGCCCUACACUGAGAGUGAGAGGAGGAAGGGAGUGGACACGCUGGCGGCGCUGGAUCAGCUCUACAGCAAGGAGCUGGUGGUGGCCACCACCUGCAUGGGCACCAAGCACCCCAUCUUCACGCGGCGCAGGUUUGACUUCUGCAUCAUGGACGAGGCGUCUCAGAUCAGCCAGCCGGUGUGCCUGGGCCCUCUGUUUUACGUCAAGAGGUUUGUCCUGGUGGGAGAUCACCAGCAACUGCCCCCCAUCGUUCAGAACCAAGAAGCCCGGUCUUUGGGGAUGGAUGAAAGCUUGUUCAAGCGCCUUGAGCUCCACAGUGAAGCGGUGGUCCAUCUUAAUGUUCAGUACAGAAUGAACAGGCCCAUCAUGUCUCUCAGUAACUGUCUGAUGUACGACGGGCGGCUGGAGUGUGGGUCUGAGAGGACGGCGUCCGCCCGGCUCGCCUUGCCCUUCCUGGUGUCUGUCCAAUCAGAGCUCAGCUCGCACUGUGAGGCGACCCCUAAGGAUCUGACGUGGGUGCAGGCUGCACUGUUGCCCGGCAGUCCGGUUUGCUUUCUCGAUACCACCCAGGUGCCGGCCUAUGAGACGGUGGAGCAAGGAGGCGUCAGCAACCACACCGAGGCUGCUCUGAUACACACCCUGCUCUCUCUCCUGAUAAAGGCCGGCUGUAAAGCCAGUGAGGUGGGCAUCAUCGCCCCCUACAGGCAGCAGUUGAAGAGCAUCUCUACCCUGCUGCAGGCCACUGCGUUCAGUGGCGUGGAGGUGAACACGGUGGAUAAAUACCAAGGGAGGGACAAGAGCGUCAUCUUGCUCUCGUUCGUCAGAAGUACCCAGGAAGAGGGGAACUUGGGGGAGCUGUUGAAGGACUGGCGGCGUCUGAACGUAGCGGUGACCAGGGCUAAACACAAGCUGCUCAUGGUGGGCUCUGCGGCUACGCUACGUCGCUACGCACCGCUGGAGAAGCUGCUGAACCAUCUGCAGCAGGAGAACAUGAUCAUUCAGCUCCCUACAGAUGCACAUAAAGCUUUUCCCAGCAUGCACCUGUUAUGAGGUUCCCGUGGAAACCAUGGACCUGUAAUGCCUUUUUCUAGCUAACCAUGCAAGAAGACACUGGAUAGGAACUUGUCAAAGUGUUGGUAUGACUAAACCAUAUGGUAAUGCGGACCAAUGUCUUAAUUGUAUUUUAUAUUUGUUUAAUUGUUCGUAAGCUAAUGUUUUCAAACUGUCAAAAUGAAACGCUGCUUUUCAAGCUACAACUGUGCUUUUGACAAUAAUGCAAUGUGAUCAGAUUCACAGGGUAAGCAGUAGUACAUGUCCGAAAAAAAAAGACAAGUACCAUUAGAAUUCUCUGGUAAUGGCACACCAUUCUCGUAUGUCUGAGUUUGUCAUAAAGAGCUAUUUAUUUAUUUUGAAUCAAAUAACCUUCAGCUUAAAACGCCAAAGCGUGUUGGUACACUGUGAGAAACUCCAAUAAGCUUUUGUCAUCUGACCAUCAUUCCGUUAGUAGAUGUCUUUGUCACUGUCUGAUAAAUGUGAUUUACUUUGUUAAUUCUUUGAACCAUGGUAAGCUUUUCCGUUUUAAAUCACUCAUAGUUUUUAUAUCAACAUAAUAUUGUAUCCCUCAGUUUAAGUUGCGGUCUCUUGCCUGGUACUUCACCACAGCAUCACUAAGGCAAUGCACAUGCAAAUACCUCCGACUUCAGUAACAUGUAACUUAUAGUUUAGAUCUAACACAUUUCUUAGGUUGGAAUCAAGCCGUUAACUUAAAGGUUCUAAUUUAUUCCAUGGGUUGUAUUUAUUGUCACUGAUUAAUGAACUACACCAGGUCCAGCAUUAUAAGCUACCUCUGAUCUCACAUAUUGGAUCCGUUAAUUUUAACCUUCUGGAGUGUAUCUGUUUUGUAUAUUAAACUGUUCAAUAAAUAAUUUUAAUUCUGCAAAUUAUGGAACUUGGUUUUUCCUGAUUUAGAAA